GUUCCGGUACUCGAUUUCUUUUUUUCAUCUCGUAGCGCACUCGACUUGCAACUUGGCACUUUUUCGUGAUUUUUCUACUCCUCGAAGCCGCGAUCGGCAACGCAACGUCCACAACGGACGAUCCGUAUUUGUCGCGCAGUGUAAUCAAGCGACCGCACCGGCGCACGCGCGCACCACGUGCCCGAACAAUCGGAACGAGAGCUGGAAGCGUCACGGUGACUCCGGCGUUCUCUUUCGCUCGCGGGCGUAUCGAAAGCGGCUCACGCAUCUCCCGCGUUGGUCGCGCGGCCGAGCGCGGCCGAGCGCGGCGAUAAGCACCCGAACGAUUGCACAAUUAACCGGGCGAGCCGCGCGAUACACCGCAGAUAAAUGGCAAAGUGUGCGGCGAACGAUAGAGUGCACGCCUCGUACGCCGCAGUUCCACUUGUGAGCCGCAGCUCGCGCGCGUCGGACGAUGAGGAGGUGCAUGAUGGAUUACGGCAAGUUCACGACGAGAAUCAGCAAGCGGCGCAAGCCCAACUUGAUUAGGAACCUGAACGCGUUCCUCUCGUUUUAAUUGGUCGAGCUGCGGUGGUCGUCGUCGUCGUCGUCGUCGUCGUCGUCGUCGUCGUCGUCGUCGUCGUCGUGGAAUACUCGAUCGAAAGCGUUUGGCCCCCCAGCCGAGGCGUACAUGAGGAAUCCGGACGCGCUGUUCUUCGCUGGCGGGAUGCCGAACGCCCAGAUGUUCCCCUUCAAGGCGAUCUCGGUGACGUACGACGACGGCACAAGCCACGCGCUCAGCGAGGCCGAGCUGCUCUCGGCCCUGCAGUACGGCCCCACCCAAGGGUACUUGCCGCUGAUACGGAAGUGGCGCGAGUUCCAGGAGCGACACCACUCGCCCGGCUACGCCGACUGGGACGUGCACUUCUCCACGGGCUCGAUGGACGGCUGCUGCAAGAUCAUCGAGCUGCUGCUCGAGGAGGGCGAGCCCAUGAUGGCGCAGUCGCCCACCUACACGGGCGUCCUCGGCGCGGUGCUGCCCAUCAGCUCGGACCUCGUCGCCAUCGAGAUGGACGAGCAGGGAGCCCUGCCUCAGGCGAUCGCCGCGGCCUGCGAGGACAGGCUGCGCCGCGGCGGCCGCGCGCCCAAGCUGCUCUACGUGAACCCGACGGGCGCCAACCCGGACGGCACCUGCUACUCGUACGAGCGCAAGCAGCAGAUCUACCGGCUGGCCCAGCGCUACGACUUUCUCAUCCUCGAGGACGACGCCUACUACUUCCUGCACUUCCUCGACCAGCAGCCCAAGUCCUUCCUGUCGCUCGACGUCGACGGCCGCGUGCUGCGCCUCGACUCCUUCAGCAAGAUCAUGAGCUCGGGCCUGCGCCUCGGCGUGGUCACCGCGCCCAGGCCGCUCCUCGACAAGAUGACCCUGCACAUGCAGGUCUCCACUCUCCACCCCUCGGCCCUGUCGCAGGUGCUGGUCCACAAGCUGCUGACCGGCUGGAGCGAGCAACAGCUCGAUCAGCACUUGGCCAGAGUGCGGCGCUUCUACCGCGACAAGCGCGACGCGAUGCUAAGGGCCGUGGAGAAGCACUUCGCCGGCAUCGCCGAGUGGUCGGUGCCCAAGGCCGGCAUGUUCGUCUGGCUGAAGAUCACCGUGCUCGACGACACCUACGACCUGGUCGUCAACAAGUGCAUACCCCAGGGCGUCUUCGCUCUGCCCGGCCACGCCUUCUACCCCGACAGCAGCAAGCCCUGUCCCUACAUAAGACUCUGCUACAGCCAGGCCGACGAGCGAGACGUCGACGAGGGCCUGGCCAAAAUUGCGGCCAUCACCAGAGCGGCGGCUGCGGAGAAAGGUGCCAAAGUCAACGGGGCUCUCGCGGAAAAUCCUGCUAAUGCUGCUCGCGGAGACCCGUGAACGCACUUACCUCGCUGUCGCUCUACGCACACGAUUUUCUUUCCAAUAAAAAUCCUCCUUCAGA